GAAGGAGGCAAGAUUUGGUCAACCUGAGCCUUUGUUUACCAAUACGUCACAAGAUUUCUUCUGACUUCAAUCAGCUGAUUUUAGAAGACCCGCGUAUUUGCUGGAUUUGAUGGACGGAUUUUCGAUUCCAUUGACAUGAACUCCCAAAACGAAGCCAUUCGGUCUUGGUUGGCCACCGUUUUCGACAAACCUGAGGAUAUUCCCCAUUAUGAGCUGAACGCUGAGAACUUAUCCGUCCUCAUGGAAUUCGCAUCUGCUUGUCAAGAACGCGAGCGUUUGGAGAAAAAUCGCCAGGAUCUUGUUCGGAGACAGAAGGAAGAGUAUAAAGCUGAAGCUGAGAAAUUAGAAAAAGUGGUUGCUUUGGUAGAUAGUCCAGGAUUGAAUAGUCAAAGCCAGACAUUGGUAGAUAUCUUAGCUCAGGUAGCUGAUCUUUUGGAUUGUGACGAUCCCAGUCCAAAUGAGUUAUCUCUUCUUUUGUACGAAUUAAAGGCCAAAGUGAGCAAGAUUCCUGUGCAAAUGUAUCGCAAGCAGAAUAAGUUGAAAGACCUUCAAGCCAAAAAUGUGCGUGCUUUAAAGGAUUUAAGUCAAACCCAAGUGAAACUGGGUACAAUCGAGAAAGAAAUGAAGAAAAACAAGGUGAACACCCAACAAUCUGAGAAGAAAAUGGAGUUCUUAAAAGAAAAGCAAGUGGAAUAUGCCAAAACCGUGGCCAAAUAUGAGUCGGUUCUUCACAAGAAUGGUUACCGUCCAGAAUUGGAACACGAGGCUCUCAUGGCGAUGAAAGAACAAAUGGACGACCUGCAGAACACUCUGAAACCUCUCAAGGCCAAAUUAGAGAGCUAUCAAGCAUUACCACCCAAUGUAGAAUUGGCCAAGGCCAAAGUGGCCGAGGCUCAAGCUCAAUUGCUCGAACUAACCCAUCAGCUCACCCAUGAGAUAUCUACAUUGCACAUCUAGAAGAAUUUAUUUAAGCCUACAACGACACUGAUGAAAAUAUAUUCUUAAAUUCGUA